CUGGUGCGAAUGGCAUGAAGCAAACGCAUAAUGGCCAUAUUAUACCUUGCUGAAUGUUGCAUUUGCAUCCUAUCGACGCCGCAUCUGCUGCGACGUCUCAACUCGAUCGUAAUCGUCGGCAAUUCCGAACCGCGAACACGUUCCAUGCAGGAUGGUCCAGGCCAGCAGUGCCUGCUAGUGUUUCAAGGUUCAGCUCAUGCUGUCGUGCGCCUCGUCGUCUACGCGCCGAGGGCACUACGCGCUCUCUUCGCUGCGGGG